UCCCCAUCCCCCAUCUCAAAAUCCUCAAAUCUCCAUUCCCUCUCCAAUGGCUGCCGGAACCACCGCCACCGCCGCCGCAUUCUAUGUCCUUCUAAUCCUCAUUUCACUUUACAUCACCACUUCCGCCUCCCCCACCGGUUCGGUUUGCAGCUCAACUCCAGACCCUUCCUAUUGCAAAUCGGCCCUCCCGAACCAAACCGGAAAUGUGUACUCGUACGGACGGUCGUCAUUCAGAAAGUCACUGUCGUCCUCACAGAAGUUCCUCCGGCUAGUGGAGAAGCACCUCCGGUCCCGAUCGUCGCUGACGGUGCCGGCGGUGAGGGCGUUGGAGGACUGCCUGCUGCUGGCGGGACUGAACAUCGAUUACUUGAAGACGUCGUUCCAGACGGUGAACACGACGAGCAGAGUAUUGACGGAGAUGAAGGCGGACGAUGUGCAGAGUCUGCUGAGUGCGAUAUUGACGAAUCAACAGACUUGUUUGGACGGAAUUAAGGCGACGGCGGGUUCUUGGUCGCUUAAAAAUGGCCUUUCUCAACCACUUGCUUCUGACACCAAGCUGUACUCUCUGUCUUUGGCCUUCUUCACAAAAGGUUGGGUUCCGAAGAAGAAGAAAAGGCCGACAUGGAAAGCCGCGGGAAGACAAGGCGGGUUUAGAAACGGACGAAUGUCACUCAAAAUGUCCAGCAGAACCCAAGCCAUUUACGAGAAGGCUACCCGCCGGAAUCUGCUGCAGACUGACGACGGCGGAGACGACGAUCAGAUUAAGGUCAGGGACAUCGUCGUUGUCAGUCAAGACGGCAGCGGAAAUUUCACAACCAUCAACGAGGCCAUUGCGGCAGCGACCAACAACUCUGCUCCUACGGACGGGUAUUUCUUGAUCUUCGUGUCCGCGGGAGUUUAUGAAGAGUAUGUGUUAGUUGCGAAGAACAAGAGAUACUUGAUGAUGAUCGGAGAUGGCAUUAAUCAGACCAUCGUCACCGGAAAUCGGAGCGUCGUUGACGGCUGGACCACUUUCAAUUCCGCCACUUUUGCGGUGGUCGGACCUGGGUUCGUAGCAGUAAACAUGACAUUCCGAAACACCGCAGGAGCCAUAAAGCACCAAGCCGUCGCCGUCCGUAACGGCGCCGACUUAUCAACAUUCUACCUCUGUAGCUUCGAAGCAUACCAAGACACCUUAUACACUCAUUCCCUCCGCCAAUUCUACCGCGACUGUGACAUCUACGGCACUGUCGACUUCAUCUUCGGCAAUGCUGCCGUCGUCUUCCAGAACUGCAACAUUUACCCACGCCUUCCCAUGUCCAACCAGUUCAACGCCAUCACCGCCCAAGGCCGGACCGACCCAAAUCAGAACACCGGCACCUCGAUCUACAAUUGCCGAAUCACGGCGGCAGACGAUCUGGCGAACAACAGCGACGCCGGCGUGAAGACUUUCCUGGGACGGCCGUGGAAGGAGUACUCGAGGACAGUUUAUAUGCAAAGCUUUAUGGAUGAUUUGAUUAAUCCGGCGGGAUGGAGAGCUUGGGAUGGGGAUUUUGCUUUAAACACUUCGUAUUAUGCGGAAUUUGGGAAUUUUGGGCCGGGAUCUAACACGUCAGAGAGGGUUACCUGGGCGGGGUUUCAUUUGAUUAAUGAUACUGAUGCUGGGAAUUUCACGGCCGGGAAUUUUGUGUUGGCGGAUGAUUGGUUGCCGCAGACGGGCGUUCCAUACGAUAGCGGCCUGACGGAGUAGAAAGAGGGCAAAGUUGUAACUUCGCAUUUACCUUUUUAAUUAUAAUUCCGAAGGCAAAGUGUAUAGGUAUGGGUUCAAUAUGAUUGAUUCUUUUGUACGGUUAGAUUUAUUUUCAAAAUAUCUAGAAAUACAUAUAAUAUAUAAUCCAUUUUAGUUUAAGAUUUUUCUCA